AUGAACACGACUUCAGCCACUCUGGCGCCCGUGUUCACAUUCCUGGAACACACUUUGACGACAGCGCAAACAACAUUUAACAAGCUCCCUGGGUCGGCUGUUAUCCAGCGAUACGUGAAGAGCUCUCAUCAGAAUGACCCUGGACGUACUUUGCUGGAACUUAUUCUCGUUAUCUUUGCCAUUCGCACUUUGCUACAAUCUAGAACGAGGGCAGAUAGGAAUGGGAAGAAUUUCAUUCAGUUUAGUGAAAAGGAAAUUGACGAACUUGUUGACGAAUGGAUUCCGGAACCUCUUGGUAAUGCCUUGACUGCGAAUGAGCAGUCUGACCUGGCUUCAGCACCCAUAAUUUCAGGGCCCAAUGGACCGAAACCGAAACUGGCGGCAACUGGAAAAAAUGCCCUCAACCUCGCAAGUUACAAUUUCACUGGUCUUGCUGGCAACGAGCAUAUCAAGCAACGCGCUAUUGACACACUGCGCAAGUACGGCCUUGGAAGCUGCGGACCCCCCGGAUUUUACGGCACCCUCGAUGUUCAUAUGGACCUGGAAAACGAUAUCGCAGACUUUUUGGGGACAGAAGCCGCCAUCCUGUAUUCACAGGGGUUCUCGACAAUUUCAUCUGUUAUUCCGGCGUUUUGUAAACGCGGUGACAUAAUUGUAGCCGAUCGCGCCGUCAACUUUGCUAUUCAGAAGGGAAUUCAAAUUUCGCGUUCAACUAUUCGAUGGUUCGACCACAAUGACUUAAACAGCCUUGAGGAAGUCCUGAUUGGUAUUGAAAAAGAGAGGAAAAAGCGCCGUGGUCCUAUGACUCGUCGUUUUAUUGUUACGGAGGGCAUAUUCCAGAAGGACGGUGCUAUGGUUGACUUGCCUAAACUUAUUGAACUCAAGUACAAGUAUAAAUACCGACUCAUCCUAGACGAAAGUUACUCCUUCGGAUCUGUUGGCAGAACCGGUCGUGGGCUUACUGAGUUGUAUAAUGUACCGGCCUCUAAAGUAGACAUGCUUCUUGGAUCUUGCGCAAUAGGGCUUGCUUCCGCAGGAGGUUUUUGCGCUGGGUCUCGAACUGUUGUCGACCAUCAGCGCAUCAAUGGCCCUUCUUUCGUCUUUUCCGCGUCCAUGCCUGCCCUUCUCGCUGUCAGCGCAUCAGAGGGCAUCAAUAUUCUACGCAACACGCCAUCGAUCUUCGAGACAUUGCAGGACAACGUUCGCGCUGCCCGGGCAAUCCUCGACCGCGUUGACUGCAUUACUAUUCCUUCUCACCCCGCCUCACCUAUCAUCCACAUCUACGUCCGCCAACCGCAGUCCCAUCAAUAUCUCCAGUAUCCCGCGCCGAUUUCGGCAUCAUCAUCCAGCAGCUCGGCGAAGCACCAUCACUCACAUCAUGUCUCAGCGAAGGAUGCAGUUCGUGAUGCGGAAUAUGAGGUCGAAGAGCGUCUUUUACAAGAGGUCGUGGAGGAGACGCUUUCUCAUGGCGUCAUUGUGACAAGGGCAAAGAGGCUCAAGGGGCAGGAAAUUGUGGAGCCGAGACCGAGCAUACGAUUGACUCUUACAAGCGGACUCACUAAGAAGGAGACGGAGAAAGCUGUUAAUGUGCUCAAAACGGUGCUUGUAAAGGUGUUGAGCAAGAGGCGAUGA